GAAAACAUCCGGGACUUUACAGCUGUUCGUCAACGCGCCGCCAGCGUCCGCCAUUAAAGGACAUUAAAGUAAAGAAGAAGAAGAAGAAGAAGAAGAAGAAGAAGAAGAAGAAGAAGAAGAAAGGGGGAGAGGAGGAAGAGGAGGAGGAGGAAGAGGAGAAGGAGGAAGAGGAGGAGGACAUACUGAUCAGAUGGAAGGUGACAUCAAAGUGACCCCAGCAAACAGGAAGUGCUCUGCUGUCACAGGAAGUACCCGAAAAAUCAAAGAUAAUGCAGCCGACUGGCACAACCUGAUGGUGAGGUGGGAAAAACUCAACGAGGACGGAUUCAACGUAGCAGGAAACAUGGUGGACAUCAGACUGAGACAUUCUCAGAGCGAUCUGCUGACGGCAGUGGAUGAGUCUUCAUCACCUUCACCUUCAUCACCUUUGUUGCAGCAGACAGGUGGAGCUUCAGAGCUGCAGGACGAAUGCUGCAAGCUGCAGGACGUCGUUGACAAAAUGGUUGUUGUGGUGAAGAAGAUGGAGCGUCUUUCUGCAUCACAGCGAGGCGUUCAGAAUCUGGAGGAGUUUCAGUUUGGACUUGAAGGAAGAAAAUAUCCUCUGUUUCACAGUUGGAACGCCAAACACUUCAGUGAAGGAGUCUGUUGUCUGAUGUCUUUCUUCAUGUUUCAGGACUCCUUCAGUCAGGAGCUGAAGUUGAAGCAGACAAUCCUGCAGGAACUCGCCCAUACGUCGACCUCUGACCUCUGCAUGGUCUAUCUGUCUUGCUGGCUGCACCAGCCCUUCAUCACCUCCCAGACCAGACUCACCCUGGAAGCUCUGCUUCUGGAGACGGGACACCACCCCCUUUGAUGUCAUCAGUCCUCCGGAUUCAUGUGAUCAUGUCAGGGUCAUCUCUGAGAGUCCAGGUGAAGCAGUGAGGACCUUCACCUGGCUCUCUGGUUCAUUUAUCUGGUUUGUUGAACAGGUGCAGAAAGAGAAGAUCUACUUCCUGAGGAUCAGAACUCAGGAUCAGCUGCUGGACUGUAACUCUUCAAUGAUUAUUGGACGUAUGAGCAGAGGGUCUGUAUGUUUCACAUCUGCUUUGUAAGCCUGAUAUUCAGUGUGAACGUCUCAAAUGUCUUUCUCACUCACAUUAAAUAUUGUAUUUCAAUUUUAA